AUGGCAUCUUAUUUAAUUACUGAGGCUUAAAUACCAAUUCUAGAAUCACUCGAUUAGAAUGCAGCUAAGAAAUUAAAGGAGAUAUGCAAAGACAUAGAAGGCUUGAUGAUUAACACUAAUUCUAGAAUCUCAACGCUAUUAUAAAAUUAGCAGACUAGCUUUUUUAAGGCAUUUAAAAUAGUUGUUGAAUAGAUCUCAUCAGAUUUUCGAAAUCUACAAUAGAAAUUUGAAGAAUACAUAGCAUAUCAUGAAAAUGAGACUGAAGUAUAUAAUUUUUAUUAUAAAGAAUAGGUAGUAAACGCUUAAAAUAAAUUAGUAUUUUUUAGGAAUGAAUGCUAAGUAUUAAACAAAUUAUGUAUAGAAUUGAAAUGUGAAAAUUAAUAACUAAAAGUUAAAAUCAAAGAAAUUGAAUAGGUAUUUAAAUACAUAAAUAAAUUUAAAGGAAGUUAAUAAUUAGAAAAUGAUAUUAUUAAAAUAAGCAACAAAAAAUUCUUAAUUACAAGAACUAAUAUCAUUCUAUAAAUAAAAAUUAUAGGUUUUAAAUUAAUAAUAAAAACAAAUCGAAAAUGAUUCAGUAAAAUUUCACUCAUUAAUCAAUAAAGAUACAAAAUUUAGGGUUCCUCAAUUAAAAUUACAUCAUCGUUAUCAUACUGAAAUAUAAGAUAAUGAUCAUAAUAGUAUAAUAACAUACAGUUAGAAAAAUUAAACAAUUAAUAUUUGCAAAACAAGUAAACCAAAAAAUAAUUUAACUCUUUUAAAUAGAACAACUGAUGAUAUAUUAGAGACCUCAACAGGAAAAAAAGAUUUUAAAUAAUUUGGUAUAUAUAUAUAUAGAGUAGAUAAAUUUUAUGAGAGAUCAUAUAAAUCAAGAGCAAAAUCUCAAUAGUAGACUUUAAAAAUAAAUGAAAAUAGUGAGACAACUUAAAAAACAUAAGAAAUCUCUUCAUCUCUUAUUAAAAAUAUUAGAGUCAAUCCAUCAUAUUAUUAAAAUAAUCUAACAGUUUCAUCUUGA